AUGAGUCUAUUUUCCCAGAGCUUGUCUCUCUCCGUUUUCUUUAUUUUUGGCUUUUUUGGACAAGCCCACGCAUUUGGCGCUGGUAACAUAGCAUCUUUAUCUCGCAUUGAGGGCCAGAACUGGCGUCAUGGCGAUAUUGAAGAUGCACUUUUGACUCUUUUUCUGGCCCGUGUUGCGGGUGGUCGUAAGUUUAGCAAGCUUGAUGUCAAACGUGUUUACUUUGGCAAUUGGCUCCGCGACUAUAGCCAGGCCGUCGAUGUCGGUACCUUAAAAUAUGUCAGCGCCGAAGCCAUUCGCAUCUUGAUAUGGGUGUUGGGCUUUAUGAGUUUUGGGUACGGAACAAGAGAAUUUGAGGUGACCACAGAUCGUUUGGGAUGUUACGAACCUACAGAACAUAUUGACAACCCACUGGGUUAUGCUGAGGGAGAGGACGCUCGUGACUAUGAUCAUCGUUUGAGAGGGCCCGUUGACGAGGAGAAUGAGCUCUCGGUUGAUUCAAGGACCGGCCUCAAAAACUACAUUGCAUCUGAGGAUAUGGGUAUUGCGACAUCGGCUAAUCUAGUACGUCGUGUUUUCCACCGCUCUAUUCAGCUGGGCCGUCGAUAUGCGAGGUCCCGAAGUGACGACGAUCUUUAUGAAGCCCUUCGGUUGCUUGGCACUGGCUUGCAUUGCCUGGAAGAUUAUGCCGCUCAUUCGAAUUAUACGGAAUUGAGCCUCAUCGAGCUUGGAGAAUCCGAGGUGUUUCCUCAUGUUGGCCGAAACACUAAACUCGAAGUUGAUGGCGCACAGGAUUAUGUUUAUCCAAUCGUCACUGGCACAUUUGGCGGAGUGGACUUCUUUCACUCUGUGCUUGGGGAGUUAUCCGAUAAAGCAACUCAGUCCGAAGUCCAAUCAUUGGAAGGUGUCAUCAAUGAAUCCCAAGCCGGGUCCCCCUCCGAAAGUUUCAUACAGGACUUGCUUAGCAGAAUUCCCGAUGGAAUUAUCGACGAUAGCGAUAGUCAGACAAACAGGAUGGAUGACUUCAAGGCAAAGGCAGAUGACACCAAAAAUAAUGGCGAGCGUCCAAGUCCUCGUGAACCUGAGCAAUGGACCAAUUACCUAAACAAUGUCCAAGCGCAAAUUUUUCCAGUCCUGGAAUGGCAUGAUGAACUGAUCAAGUCGAUCAACCAAGCAAUUGAGAAAAUUCCCGUGCUACCGGAGCUCAUCGAACAGAUCCAAGAUCAAAUAACGGUCUUUGUCUUUUCUAUUCUUGCGCCUUAUGUUCUUCCAAUUAUCCAGCAAGUCAAGGUUGAGCUACAGACUGGGUCCUCCGAGGUUAUCCAGAGUAGCAGAGAACAGCAGCAUGUUGUGUUCAAUGAUGACGACUGCUCAAACCCGACCCACUCAAUGCUCUCGAAGGACCACUUCUCGAAUAUCCUAAACGAGCCAGCAGGUCGAAUAGCUUCUCAAGUGAUCAAAUGGACAGUUCCACAGCUGAUGGCGUGCUGGGAUGAUGAGGACGCUGAUAUUGAUCGGGCUUUGGAUAGAAUUGUUUCUGGAGUUUUCCAUCACCCCGCUCUGCGUGAGUACGGGGAAGAUGGUGCAGCCGACAUCCGCCAGAUUAUGUUCGGAACGGUUGAAGAGUGGUGGAGCGGGAAAAGUGAAAACGAACAGGAAUCUCUUCGCGAGCAGCUGUCCCGCGACGGCGUUCUCGAAGGUAAAAAUCACAAAGAAGGGGUUCACGAUUCCGGGCAUGGCUGCGGAAAGCCGUUGGCCUUACAUAAAGGUAGUGCUCAUUCUAAUCAAAGUCAGCAAUCAAAUAUCAGCAGCUUUGGAAGAGUUGCUACCAAUGCCGCCGGUGGUGGUGGGCUCGGAGGCUUAGUUGGUGGGCUCGUGAGCGGUGUUAACUCAUUGAUUAACAAUGGCAAUUCCGACUCUAAAUCGGAAAGACCUGAAGUUGGCUUGUGCGAGGACAAUAGGCCCCCUGCCUAUGGUUAUCCCGAAAGAAAUGAUUACCAACAACCACAGUAUGAGAACCAGGAGUAUGGCAGCCACGGACAAUAUAGCCGACAUGAAGAAUUUGGAAGCCAAGAACAAUACGGACGCCGUCAGUAUGGCAACCAGGGAUAUUACGCUCGAGAGCAUCAGUAUGAGAAGCAGGAGUCAUAUGGUCGUCAGCAACAGUAUGACUCCGAGGCCUACGUUGCAGAUCGUUCAUCAUACGAAGGCAGAUAUGGAGAUCAAAGUGAACGUGAGCAUCAUGAAAUUUGCGAGAGCCGCCAGCAUGAACUUGGUUAUGGGUAUGAUGACGACAGCCGUUAUCCCCAUCAAGAGCCACGAAGGAAUUAUACCCCACAUGGAGACAUUGAAGAACACCCUGGAUCUUAUUAUGAGCCUAGCAGCAGUUACAGGAGCAUGGAGAGGGAAUCUUAUGGAUAUGAAAGGCGUGAGCAGUAA